GUCCGCGGUAAUAUCCAUGCUAUCUUAGACAUUUAGACACUUUAGAUACAUCAUUUCACGUGGUGUGACACGUUGUUAAUUUUGCUUAAAUCGUUGCGGAUUUAAUUGGGCAACAUUAGCGGGCUAAUUUAGCUAGGUGAGGUUAACUUUGUAUUCUUCGAGCAGCAUCGGUGUCUUUAGGUCUCAGGAGCCUGAACAGAGGAUGCUGGAGUCAAUUAAAGUAACAGAAAGACUCCACUGGCCAGAAGUAGAAAUGUCCAAAAAGUACAUCUUAAACUCUGCUGACAAGGCGCUGAGUCCGAGCCAGGUGUACGUGGAGAAGAUUUCCUCCGGUGUCCUCAAAGACCUCUUCGGCACCGGCAGCUUCAACGUCCUGCUGCAAGCGGAGGAGAAGAAGAACCCGAAGCAGCACAAGAGGCCAAAAACGUCCGCGAAAUGUGGCGCCGCGUUGAGUAGAAGAAACCGCCCGGUCGUGGCUCCUAAAAAGUCGUGUGUUCCAGAAAGUGUCUGUAAACCCGCUCAGACAAAUCGCGUUCUCUCAGGCAACUCCAACCACUCCAAACCAGCGAGGAACAUCGCAGUGGUGGGCAGCACCGUGAGCCUCGCCCCUCGUGCGGCUCCACAGCCGAGAAAGACGUGCGCCUCCGAUUCCCCGCGCACGAAACUCCUCUCGUUGCACAAAGCGGCGAUCCCACGGGAAGUGGACAACGCCAAGAAGCUCUGCAUCCUCACCGCCAUCAAGCCGGCCAACGUUCAGAAAGAGAAGGCCGCGUUCUUCAAGUCCGACUUCAACUAUAACCCGCAGUUUGAGUACAGCGACCCGGUCUCCCCGGUUGUUCUGGCACGGCAUAACAACGCCUCCGACCGCUUCCUGACCCAGGCCGAGCGCAUCAUGGAGCUCGCCCUGCAGCGAUACGGCAGCUACGAGAAGUUUGAGCUGGCCACCGGCGGCAACCUCCUCACCAAGAGCCGCGUCUGGCACAACAUCAAGAAAUACAUGGAGAAGGAAGGCUGCCUGGGGGAGAUCGUCGCCCAGGUGACCGACGACCUCCUGUCCCGAGCCUCCAUGACGGUGGUGAACGGCAGACCCACGCUGACCAUCAAUAUCUCCACCGCCCGGGAGCACUGGCUGGACGGCAUGCUGCGGCACGAGAUCGGCACACAUUAUUUCCGCGGCGUCAACAACUGCCACCAGCCGUGGAGCAGCGGCGCGGGCAGGAAGAAGCACAACCUGAAGCCCCUGAACCCCACGGAGGAGGGCCUGGCCAGCAUCCACAGCGUGCUGUUCCGGAAGGACCCCACGCUGUGGCGCGCCGCCCUGCUCUACUACACCGUCCACCAGGCCGGACGCCUGUCCUUCUCUCAGCUCUUCCGCGACCUGGGCCGCUUCGUCCAGGAGCCCAACACCCGCUGGGACUACUGCGUCCGAGCCAAGAGGGGCCAGACCGACACGGCACAGCCAGGGUGCUUCAGUAAAGACCAGGUCUACUUGGAUGGGAUCCUGCAGAUCCUGAGACACAGAGACAAGAUCAACUUCCCACUGCUGAUGGCCCUCGGAAAGGUGUCGUUUGAGGACGUGGACCGCCUGAGGGCUCUGGCUCAGAUGGACAACGUCCGCAUCCCGCACUUCAUGCAGGACCAGGCCAGGUACGCCGAGCAGCUGGAGAAAAUCAUGGCGGUCAACCAGCUGACCGACGAGGAGCUCAAGGCCAUCGUCUGAGGCCGCCGGAGAGCAGAGAGAGACGGACACGUUGACUCACAGAUUAUCGGGAGUCAUCUCGGUGCGUCGUGACGUGGUUGGUUGUUCAUACCAGUGCCAAUGCAAUGCCUGAAUUGCUGAUAAAUGAAUAAAUAAAUGAAUGAAUUAAUUAAUUACAAGCACUUGAUGCCAAUUUUUUUUCUUUCUUUUUUUACUUGUUAGAAUCUGAUACUCCUCCCCCAGAGCGUGUUUUAAUAUUAUGACUGAAUUUAGAGCCUGACAAAUUUUUUUUGUGUCUUGAAUUUUUUUUUUAAUCCUUUCUUUCUUCUACAUGUACACACACAUCACAUAACCAAACACAUUUGAUAAGGAUCUCCUUACAUUUGGGUGAUAGUUUCAUAUAUUUUCUUUAUAUUUUGUGAGUGUUUUUUGGUGAUUUCAAAUUGAUUUAAAGGCAUCUGAGUGAGCGCUGCACGUCAGUUACCUCACAGGGUGUCUUGUAUUACUUUGAAAAUGCCCUUUGACCCCAUUGCGUAACAUGUCGCCCACGAGUCAACCAACUAGGGAUCCUAUCAUAGAAGUUUAAUCCUAAGUAUUAUCAAAAUCAAAUCAUCCGAGAAAUGAUGCGCGCAAAUAUUUUGGAAUAUAAUACUACAUACGCAUUAUAUUAUAAUAAUAAUACAGGAGGGAACAUCUGGGGGGAGGUAAAGCUCAACGUACAACCACACAAUUAUGAAUUUCUCUGACUCUUCUUGAAAUGCUUAUUUUCUUGUGGACUUGUGCAUGAAUCUGUUUAGCUGGAGCAUCAAACACACAUUGAUGUCGUUCUAAUUUAAGACUUAUUUGUGGUUCUCUCAUGCGCCUGUGAUCUAAGUGUACUUACCUCGUGUUUUAUAUCUGUCUAUAACACAUUCUUGCAGGUUCACUAUUUUUGUAGUACAGAUGUUGGGCAUUAAAAGUGUCGCUGAAAUGUGAAUCUCACUCGUAAAGCUGUGUAUGUUGAAGGUGAGGUGACUUGAGGCCCUGUUUGACUAUUUGCACUUUGUAACCUUCGCUCGACCUUCUCGCCUGCGCUGAUAUGGGCAGCUACUGUGUUGGUGUCACAGACGGCACAGAAGAAGUGGACGUCGUCACCUUGACGUCACUCUUUGGCGUGUGGACUGAAGUUUGGAGGCCUCGAGUUUGGCAUUUUGUCCUGUCAAUCACAGAAUAGUCCCGCCCGAAAGUAUAACCUGCUUUAUCGCCUGUUUUAUCUAGAUGAGACCAUAAUAUACUGAAUAAACAUCACGCUGUAUUUAAGAAGACUUUAAACUAGAGAUUGAGACCAUAAACUCAUGUUUACAAUGUUUACUGAGGCAAUAAAUCCAUAAUUUUGUCUUAGACUUCUAUGCUAACAAACUUAAUUUUACAUCCAGAGCAUUCGCCCCCUGGUGGACAUUUAAUAGAAUACAAGUUUAAGACCCGGAGGCUACGCCCACUUCUUUUAUUGGGUCUCAUUGGUGUCAUUCAUGAUAUAUUUAUGUUUUACAAAACUAAAGCCUCGUAGUUCUACUGUGAAACUUGAUGAGUCUUUGUGUCGUUGUCAGGAAUGACCUAACACCGAGAGCAUCUGCCCCUCAAACAGUUGAAUUACACGGGUUUCCUAUGUUAUGUUUUCUAUUUUAGUGACUUUUUGUGAUAUUCAUAGAUAACAUCAUUAAAUAAAGUGUACUACCUGAAAAAGAG